AUUGAUUGUUCCAGGAGAGCCAUUUAUUGGACUCUUUCAGCCUCCAGAGAAAUUUUCUUUUCGUAAAUAGGUUUCUCCGUAAAGGUGGGUCCUGUUGGCAUAGAGGUACCUGCCCUGUUCCAGUUGUGUAUACUGUGCGCGCAACAAUGCAUGAUCGGCCACCCUUCCGGAACGACGAAACUUCCGAGUUCCGGAUUCAAGACACGCGGCCCACCCCGAAGUUCCGUGGUGCAUUGGAUGUCAACUCGGGUAUGGCAUUAGAUGCAGUACCGGGCUACGCCCGACCACCUCGAGUGCGAGGCCAAACUCUCUUGAUAACAAACACUUUCAAUAUCCGAUGGUUAGAUAAAUGGAAUGACAAAUUGCUUGUCGCGGGAGGAAUUUCGCCACCAUACGGCUUCAAGAUAAGCCGGUGCAAUACCCAAAAUACCUGCGCGGCGAACAUAUCAGAGAAUCUGUACAAAUACAGCAGAUUUGAAUAUGAGCGGAGCUCAAAGAUAUGCCAAUUGGCUAGCAGGCUAAAUCCAGAGCUCUGCAAUGAUUUCGAUAUCUUGCUGACAUUGACGCACUGGAAGAAUUACUCAUCGUUUGAUUUAUGUACCCGUAAUUGUAAAACGCUCCCCUCAUAUUAUGCGGUCUCGGCCGAGGAGCCUGUUUUGGCAGUCCGCAUGUACGCCCCAGAAAAUUAG